CUCCAUUCCCCACAUACGGGCUGGACUCCCUCCCAACGGUAAGCAGACCACCACAGGGCUGUCGCUAUGGUCGAGAGUGGUAGACAAUUGUAGGUGAGGCCGAUUGUACAAAACCAAUAGUCUAUCCUCCAGUACAAGUGGUCAACGUCAGGGUGUUGGUGGUGCUUUUUCCAAAAUGACUUCGAGCAAACAGUCAUACCUCAUUGUCGGCGCCGGCGUGUUCGGAGUGUCUACGGCAUAUUAUCUCAUCAAGAAAUACCCAGAUGCUUCAGUGACUAUUGUCGACCGAGAUGCGUACGAUGCAGAGUCUCGUGUCGCUGCCUCGUGGGACUGGAACAAGGUGGUCCGCGCCGACUACGACGACAUAGUAUAUUGCCGUAUGGGACUAGAGUCGCAAGACAUUUUCAAGUCCGAUCCCCUAUGGAAGCCUUACUUCCAUGAGACGGGCAUUUACUGGAUGUGUCGCAGCGACUACGCCCAGGAGGUGAUCGACAACUACAAGAAGCUCGGCCGCAAAGCUGAUCUUGCUGCCGUACCCAUCGAUGAGGCCCGCAAGCUUUACGGUGGCCUGUUCGAAGACGCCGACUAUACCGGCGUCAAAGAAGUGCUGAUCAACAAGACCAGUGGCUGGGCCGCUGCUGGAGACUGUUUGGUGGCUGUGACUGCCGAGUGCUUGAAGCUAGGGGUCAAGUACGUGACGGCCGAGGUUGCGAGUCUGCAAAUCGACAAGAGUGGUCGGUGUCAAGGAGUCAAGACGAAAUCUGGGAAGACCUUGACAGCUUCGCAUGUAAUUCUCUCCACGGGCGCGUACACACCAAAGCUCUUGGAACUGAGUGCCGCAGAUACUGGCCUGACGAGUCUCCGAGCGGAACACAGGAUACUUGCCGGAGGCAUUACGACAGGUAUGACCAAACUUGAUGACAAGUCAUAUCCACGAUUUGCUUCCAUGCCUGUUGGUGUACAAGGAUAUACCGCGGAACAAGGUCCUUUCAUCGGCAGUUUACCACCAACCAAAGACAAAGAGCUGAAGUGGUGGGGACAAACAAUAUUCAAAAACGAUCAAGAAGUGGUACCCGGUCGGUACGUGUCAGCGCCACCUCCAGAACCAGACUACGCCCAGUGGAAUGUUUCGGGGAAACUGAAGGAAGACAUUCACCACGCCAACAAAGUGUUCUACGGCAAGAACGGGGCUAGCUGGAAGAUGGAGAAACACCGGAUCUGCUGGGACGCUUUUACCACCAGCUCCGACUUCAUCAUCUCGCCACACUCUGCCGCAAAGGGCCUAUAUGUCGCGACCUGCGGCAACUUCCAUGGCUUCAAGUUCUUCCCCGUGCUCGGCAAGUACGUGAUACAGAUGCUGGAGGAUGACCUGCCUGCCGACCUGGUCGAGAAAUGGGCCUGGGAUCGCGAAAGGCCCGAUCCGGCCUUAUUUGCGGAUUGGCCAAGGCAUGAGAUGCAAGACCUGCUCGACCCAGUAAAAGCGAAGCUAUGAACACUGCCAAGUCGACACGAAGACGAAUUGCAGCCUCUCAUUGACCUCGAUAGCCCGGCGCUGACGCUUGCAGCUGAUGACAAAUAUCGCUCGCAAUGAGGACACUGUCGGAGCAUAUCGCCUGAUGGGUGCGAAUGAAUGGUACUGGUGCGCAUGUCGGUCGUCGCAUGCCAGUCUGUCAUGG